ACAAUUCACAUUACAAUGGUGCUCCGAUCCUCGUUUCGUUCCAUCAUGAAGUUUCUACUAUGUGUUUGUAUUGCUUUCGCAUGCUCGGUGGCGACAGCCUUUCAGCCGUCGUCGUCGUUUUCCCCGCGGUUGGGAGAGACGGCACCCGAUCCGCACGUGGCAAUCCAAGCCGCCGAUUCCCAGCCCGCCGGCACGACGACGCGACCCGAGUUUUUCCAAGCCGUCGCCGUUGGAUCGGUCGCAGCUGUCGGAUUGCUACCCCGUGUGGCUUCGGCCCGUGGAUUUGCGACUUUAGAGCAGGCCUACGAACGGUACUCUCCCCGGAUCCGGGCGGGAGGCGAGUUCUACCGCAAGGACCUCAAAGUGCUUGUCGCCAAGAACGAUUGGGCCGGUAUCCAAAACGCACUGCAGGAACCCCCUAAACGAAGAAAGGAGGACUUGACAAAGGCAGAUGCCGGUGUGGCUGCCCGGGCGAGACAGGCGGGAGAGUUCUCCGACGCGAGGGUCCUCGUCGCUGCCGACUUGUACGCAGCUGCCUUUUCGGACAACUCGAUUAGCGCGAAAACAAAGAGAAUGAAAGAAGCCGUAGAGAAAAUGCGCAAUGUUGUUGCAAAGAUGCAGUCGAUCGCUCGGCAAGGAUUGGGGCAGGAAAGUCAGGGCGGCAUCUUUGGUAUCGGCGCGAAAAAGGUCCCAGAAGCCGAGCUGGCCAAACAGAUACGGGAACUGUACGUUGAAGGUGGCAACUCCUGGAAUGAGUUUGUCUUCGCCGCCAACGAAAACAUGCCUUUACAGUUUGACCGUCUGGAAUAUGUCAAGUAAAGUGACAAGCCGUUCACCCUCCAUAGCUAAGGGCAGGAAUUGCGACCGAGAUAGUAAAAUCCUUGGUAUUGCAGACCGAUACAAAGUUGUCCACGAGCCAAACAUAGAAGAUGAAUGCAAAUUUACUUCUAUAGCUAAUGUAAGCUUAUC